AACGUUCAUUCGCAUACGAUAUUGAUUCUUUCUUAUAGUUUGCUAGCGAGUCUAUUGAGCAUAGUGUGAGUUUCCCUUAUCAAAGUUAAUCUUCAUCAGUGUGCCCUGCCUCCGUUUUCUUUUCACCGCUCGAGAGAAAACGUGAGCUUCACUGGUAUACUCACUUAACAUUCCACUUUGUUUAUAUAGUUAUUCUUUCAUUAUACCCAUAUCAUUAGGGCAUUCCAUUCUAACCUUAACUUCUAUUACGUCUAUACAGGCACCUUGCUAGCCAUUCUUUCUUGCCUUUUUAGGGUUUCGAUGCAAACUAUUCAUUCCUACACGUUCCGUUUAUUGGUUCAUAUUUACAGCUAUCAACAUAUGCUCCUCUUUUGUGAAUGGUUUACACCAUAGUAUGAACAAAGACACUCUCGCUAAACUCGGCGACACCUUUAAACAGUUGGCUCGUCCUUCAAGUGAGGAGGAAUUGGAGCAAGGUGCAAACACCGGUGAUUUAAAUGUGGUGAAUUUGCGAUCGGGGGCUACGUACUCUUCCCUCCCAAGGGAUAGCGCCCCUUCACCUUCAGAAUCGUCUGAAUACUUAACCCCCACUCGGCCGAUCACAAUGCCUGUCGAUCCACCUCCCCCUCCUCCUCCUGGGGCCCCACACCACUUCCCCCCGCCCCCGAUUCGGGUCAUUCCAACUCACGCCAGUAUUCGACAAUUCUCGGGAGGCGAGACCGAUUUUUCGGCGCGACAGUUUUUAGAUUUGAGUGAAUCUGCCAUCGUAAAUUCCUCCAUUACGGAAGAUCAUGAUAAAAUCGCUUUCAUUCGGUCACGGUUACUUCCAGGCUCUCGGGCACUGAAUUUGAUGCAGUCCUCAGCGUUCGCUUCGGGGGACAUUGGUGUAAACUAUGAGGUUUUUAAAGGGAAUUUCAUUAAAAUCUUCGGGGGCGGGAGUAAACCAAGCAUCGUUAGACAGAUGGCACACACGGUUGAGUCCCUCCAAAAAAAUUCCUCAACAAAGCCGAUUUGGGACGCCAUGAUUGAGGCAAAUCAGCUGGCGGUUGACUGUGUCAAGAGCCUGGAAGACGCGCUCUGGUUUCCAGGGGGCUGUAUGCAAAAGCACCAGGUGAAGACAGCUUUCGAGUUGUUUUUUUACUUAUUUCAUAUUUCAGAGAAGAACCGCCGUUCUGCCCUCCCUUUGGCCUUCAAACCGAGCGGGAAGUUGGUUGACUUCGUCUCAGAGUUAGAGGUCAAGGUUCAGGAACACCCUCACCAUCAACCCCUCGCAACGGCAGCAGCAUUGCAAGCACAAAAUCAUGAUGUUGCGUUUUCUGACCAUCUUGUUGUCCCUCGGCUCCCUGCUUGCAACAACACCCAUCCACCUGAAGCCUGGUGCCCUCACGGCACACAUAGGAGAGGUCUUCCUCAUAGAAGAUGUGCUCCUCGUAAAAUAUCCAUAUACUUCCUUGACCAACACCACGGACACAAUCAGGAUAGUCUCAGAAAAACUACUUGGCAUGGCAGACGCUAUCCGGGCUACCAAGACUAGGGAAUCAAAGGCUCCUUCUAGUACCAACUCUCUGACUCUUUUUCAACUACUGGAGGAUAGGAUUCUGUUCUUACGGGGAAAAGUUGAUGAGGUACACAUGGAUUAUAGUUUUCACUCAGUUCACUCUCGGGUAAAGAGGGGAUUGCUCAACAUCGUGGGGUCCGCCUCAAAGUUCCUUUUCGGUACGGCUACCGACGAGGACGUUCGCGAUUUGCGGGACCACUACGCUCAUGUACUUUCCUUUGCUGCUCGAAAUCGCAGGGUGAUCAAUGCCAAUUGUAGAAAACUUGCGCAAUUGCAUACUAACAUUGCGGUACUGCUAGAGCAGACAAAUAAGAUGGUAGAGGUUAUCAACAUAGUUGUCAAACAGAUCGACCAGGUGAAUCAGUUUCUCCUCCUAGAUCAGGCCUUGCAUGUAUUGGAAAACGUCAUUACCUCCGUCGCAACGGCUAAUCAGCAGGUUAUUAGCAACAUGGUUGAUGCAGCGCACGGUAGAGUCACACCUGCCUUGUUCCCUCUACACGAUUUGAGAACGACUGUCCAGAUCGGGUAUCAAAAUUAUAGCCUGACGCCUUUAUUCACCCCGGUCAUGAGUCAAUAUUUUUACCCCUUGAUUGAGUCCAGCCUCACCCCUGAUGCCAUAAUCAUUCAUGUUCCGUUUCAGACGGCGGACGUGUUUGAGGCACACGAAAUUGUCCCGUUCCCUUUUUCGGCAAAGGACAGUGUGUUGGCCCUGGACACGUCCCCGUCUCUUGUUCUAAUCGCGAAGGAUUUCGCUCUGUAUUCAACGGGUAGCUACUCACUCUUGCAGUAUUGCAAGGAGACGGUCUUCGGGCGAUUCUAUUGCUCUGCGUCUCUUUUGCCUUCCUUCCAGUUCGGGGAGGGGUAUGCGAGAUCGCCCUCACCCGCGUGAACGCGUCUGACGCUCUUUCCCUGUGCCCUUACAAGCAGCUAACACCAACGCCUGUUUUCCAUAAGAACUUUCAGGGUCUGCAUUAUUUUUAUUUCCCUCAGUCCUUCUAUGUAUCGGUCAUCUGCCCGGAGGGUACCACUUAUCAACGGGUUACUGGUCACUAUGCCAUAGCGGAAGCAUGCUAUAUCCGCUCCACUAACAUAACAACGUACCCGUCCCGGAUUCGUCUGGUUUUCACGGCCAAUAUUUCCCAUCGAGUGUUUCCUCUACGGUCUCUCGAUGACAUUCAUUUCUCCAGCAUCUCGUAUGUGACUAAUUCCCUUAAUUCAUUGUCUUUCGCGAACAAAACAGAGUUUGCGGAAACCCUGGAGGAAACGCUGCCUGAUUAUUUGCAUCUUCCC